AUGUUAAGUUCUAAAGCCUCGUUCAAAGUAAAUAUAACCAAGAAGAAUUCUAAAUCAUUAAGACCCAAAACAAUCUCAAAGAUUAAAAUAAAUGAUCAAAGAAUUAUAAACAAGAAGAAAUUAAAUUAUUCUACUAGUGAAUUUGUUGUGGGUCCUAAUCUAUCUAUAAACUUUAUUCCUAAUCCUUAUAUUAUUGAAACACUAACACUUGAAAUUAAUAUACAACAAAGCAAUAAAUUCAAUAAUAUAUACAAUGUAAAUAACCUCGAGGCACUUAUUAUGGACCUGGUGGUUUAUCCACCUGGUUCAACUAUGAAUGUUAUGGUUAAAAAACAACCAUCUGAUAUAUGCAAAAAUAAAAAACUAAAUUCAUUCAUUGCUUUCAGAAUCUACUAUUCUCAAUUUGGGAAAGGUUUAAAACAAAACAUAUUGUCAAAUAUUUUAUCCAGAAUCUGGCAUUCAAAUGAAAAUGAACAAACAUUAUGGGACCGAUUAACGCAGGAGUUUUGUAGAAAGAAAUGA